AUGAUUGAGAAAAAUGAAUGAAUGAAAAUCUGUAAGUGGAAGAAAAGAAUCGGUCUGGAUCUGAGUGAGUGUAAUAAUACACAUAAUCAUAAUCAUCAUCAUCAUCAAAAACUGUUGAAACGAAACACGAGAAGAGAAGAGAAGAGAAGAAAGCGGAAAGGGUCAGGAUCAUCGAUGAUACUCCUCCAGUCCCAUUCUAGAUUUCUGCUUCAGACUCUUUUGAAUCGCCUUCAAAAUAUCGAAAAAGGUGUUGAACUCGAUCACCACUGGGUUGAAUUUGACGAUGUCAGAUAUCACAUUCAGGUGUCAAUGAAGAAUCCUAAUAUUUUCUUGCUAUCUGUAUCGUUGCCUACUCCAUCUUCGGAAACUAUUUUUGUAUGUGGACUUCCUUUUGGAGCCAUUGAAGCAAUCAAAGCUGCAUAUGGCAGUCUUGUGCAAAUUCUUGAUCCUCCAAGGGAUGGCUUUAACCUCACAUUGAAGAUAAAUCUCUCAAAGGUUCCUGCAAAUCAAGAGCAAAGACAAGCACUUUUGGUAAAAGUAGCAUCAGUAAGGGAGGUCGUCCUUGGUGCACCACUAAGGGUAAUUUUAAAACACCUUGCUUCUAGAAAUGUUGCUCCGGAUAUGGAUCCACUUGUUGCUCUUGUUCAUCGACCAAAGGAGUCUUUUUUUGUUUUUCCUCAGGCUGAUAAGGUGACUGUGAUGUAUCCUAUGAGAUUCAAUGAUUCGAUAGACAUUGUUCUUGCAACUUCAUUCUUGCAGGAAUUUGUCGAAGCCAGGCGUACAGCUGGACUUAAUAAUACCCCUCCUUGUUCAUGGUCUCAUACUCCACCACCGGAACUGAAAGGAGUAUCUACUGAUGCAUUAUCUGCAAAUGCAGGAUUUGUAUCAUUUGUUAUCUUCCCUCGUCAUGUUGAAGGCCCAAAACUGGAUCGGACAGUAUGGAGUCUAUCAACUUUUCAUGCCUAUGUUAGUUAUCACGUUAAGUGCUCCGAAGGAUUUAUGCAUACUAGGAUGCGUCGUCGUGUGGAGUCUUUGAUUCAGGCUUUGGGUCGUGCUAAACCAGAUCCUGAGAGUUCAAAGAAAACUUCACACAGCAGAUCCUUCCAACGAAUGAGCCUCAAGGAGUCAAGAACCAACUCGUUUUCAUAAAAGGUGAAGCUUGAUGAGAAAGUAAAGAUGUUCAGCUUCUUUGGACUAUACAGUCACCGACCAAGGAAUUACUGGUGCAUGUUUACAGAAUGUUCCAUGUGCUUUUAACUUGAAGAUGUGAUUGUUCCUUUGAUCUCUACAAGCUCAGCAUCCAAUGAAUUGCUGACCUACUCUUGCAGACUGCCCCAGGUGCCUGUAAUUUAUUCGUAGGAAAAAAAGGAUACUAAUGCAAGAUAAGCGUCCGAUCACAUUAGUUAUUAAAGUGUACAAUUGUUUAUCAUCCGAGGAAUCCCCUUUUAGUGUAAAUUUGUUUAUUCAAGUUUCAACUUGUGAAUGAGGUGGUAUGGAUAGGCUGCUUUAGCAUUUUGAGGGUUAUUCAAUUUAAAUUUUAAACAAAUGCAAAAGCAUGUAGGCUCUUGCGGGUUGCAGUUCAAAUUCAUUGUUUACUAGUAAAUUACCAUGAUUUUUCAAUCUCAAAUGAAUCUUCCUCUAUGUA